GCGAGCGCGAGCUGCUGGAGGGCCACGCGCAGGCCAACGCCACCGAGAUGGACAACCCUCGCACGUGGGUGGCCUCGUCGGUGCUGGAGCUGCCGCUGGCCCGGGACAUGCACCGCUCGCCGCUGCGCUGCGUGGCGCUGCACGAGUCCUACUCCGCCAAGGCAGAGGACAUCACCGUCUUCCUGGACGUGCGAUACCCGCCGGAGGUGAAGCUGCUGGGCGCGCCGGUGGGCGACCUGGAGGAGGGUCUGGACACCGUGGAGCUGCGCUGCGCCGCCGACGCCAACCCGCCCGCCAAGGUCAUGUGGCGGCGCGCGGGGCGGCCCGAGGUGGCGGCGGUGGACGAGGUGCUGGCGUUCCGGCCGCUGGCGCGCGCCCACUCCGGCGCCUACUCCUGCCAGGCGCACAACGCGCUCGGCUCCAGCCAGCCGCUCUCCGUCGACAUCGACGUCAAAUACAUACUAGUUGGAUACCAUGCCACUGUUUUAGCGUUGUUGGCAAACAAAAACAAUAUUGUCAUCCAUUUAAACAUAAUGUUUUUUUCAAUAAAUUUCAUUUUUUCUAUAAAACAUAUUAACAAAAGAGUGAAUUUAUUUAGUACUUUUUUGAAAAUUCUAAUAAAAAUGUUAGAACAUCCAAAUUAC